UUUACUCUCUACACUUUAUAAUAUUUAUCCUCAACUAAUUCAUCUUCAUUCCUAACGCACACACAAACAAAAGACCUUUUGAUCUAUUAGACAAUGGAAGAGUACAUACCUGGAAAAAACGCUAACAAGCGAUCCCGAGAGAACUCGGGUUUGGACUCAGGUGAGUCGAAGCGUGUCCACAUUGAGACAAAUGCAGGUUCCAGUUUGGUUCAGUUGAAUCGAGUUGAACUGGAAUUAGCGAUGAAUAAUCAUCAUGACUCGUCCGAGUCGAAUCAGUAUGGUCAUGUCACCUCGUCGGAGCUUGAUGCAUAUGAUGAAGACGUGGACGUAGACUCGCCGGAGGCUAAGCAGAUUAGAGAAGACAUUCUGGACAUACUUGAUGAGCCAGAAACAGUGACAGAUGGUGUUACUGAAACUCAGGACCUUGACUCUGUAAUCAAGAGUUUUGAAGAAGAGAUUCUUCAUCCUUCAACUCUGCCACCUCGCCAGACCUUCAUUGACCUAACGUUAUCAGAUUCCGGCAAAUCCCAAUCGGACCUCGGCUACCUUCUAGAAGCUUCGGACGAUGAGCUUGGCCUCCCGCCAACCGUUUCUCCUGAAAACCAUAUUGAUGCCGAAUCGCGAUUGGGAAAUACGAUUGGAUUUGAAAACGAGUUACUAAGAUAUGACUCAUUCGACUUAGGGAUGCUUGCCGGAAUCAUGCACGGAGAUGAUUACGGCGGUGAAAAUAAUGGCGGUGAUUUUGUGACGGUCGGUGGAUUAUUCGAUUAUCCAGAUCCGUCAAAUUUUUCGGAGUUGUCACGUCUGCCGGAAUUUCUACCGGCUUUGUAAACAUAUAAGUGUCUUUUAGGUGGCCUGUUUCACCGGUCCGGUCGAAAUCUAAUAGCUUAGGAGUAGUAGAUUGCUGUUUGUACAUCUUAAAAAGAUUGAAAAAGAAAAAACGGAGGCUAAAAACUAGCAUGUAGAGUUCCCCCUUUCUUUUUCAAUACAAAGUCAUUACACGACGUUGUUUGUGCUAGAUCAAAUAUCGAUGAAUAUAAUAGAUUUCUAAAGCGAGAAGAAAGCUUUUGGAAACUCAAAUGAGAGUUUCAACGGUU